AUGUGCAAAUCCUUUAUCUUUAUUUCCCUGAUUCUUAAGGAACACAUAAUGAUUUGCUUAUCAGUAGUAUUAUGUCGAUUCGUCUUAAUGAUGUGUCUAGCAGGAGCAGUUCUACCAGCAUCAGCAGAUCCUGAACCUGAAGGAAGCAUACCAAUAGCAAAGCCUGGGUGUAUGGAAAGCUGUCAAAAUUCAACUGUCAAAGUUCCAUUUCCAUUUGGCAUUGGUGACAAUUGUUACUCCGAUCCAUGGUAUGAAAUCGUUUGCAAUACAUCUUUGUCAGGUGCCGAAACCCCUAUUCUGAGUUCUUUUGACGUGGAGGUGCUGAACAUAACAACUUGUUCAGGUGGUAACUGUGAUAUUCCUGAUUUAAGACUAGAAGUUGCAACUCCAUGGCAUAACGUAUGUACUGCACAAAAAGUAGUGAUAUAUGACAUGGAUAAAAGCCCUUUUAGGAUGUCAACUUCAGGAAACCAAUUAGUGGUGAAGGGCUGUCCAGGGGUUCCCAUAUUGAUGAACCGAAAGAGUGAAACAGUUGCGGGAUGUUCUACUGUUUGCCAAGGAGGUAACACGACAGAUGAAGAUAAGAGAAAAGGCAAUAUUAGUACACUGACUAGCUGUGAUGGAAUUGGGUGUUGUUUGAUGUCAGUAGAUCAGCAGUACUUGGGAGUCGAUUUUUAUCAGAUAGCGUUAAGAAGUAGCUAUGUUGACACCAGUCAAGUUUGCAUGGAGUUUGCUUUAAUGGAGAAGUUUGUAGACCCGGAGGAGAAGAUUGCUGCUGCUGAAAGAAUACUAUUAACAGAUGAUCAAGUACCAACUGUAUGGUACUGGAUGCCUCCUGCAUUACCUGAAGAAAACUUUACUAAUAACCACCAAAAUCCUAGAAGUUUUUCUUGCAGACCCUUUUGUGGUUAUUAUGAUGAAGCUCAGUGUGCUCAGAUCUGUACCUGCAAUGAGGGUUAUGAAGGAAAUCCAUACAUUUCUGAUGGUUGCCAAGAUCCAUGCAAAUUUGGCACGAACCAUUCUUCCCUUAAAUGUAAAAAGAGGUCAUCGGUAACUUCAGCAAUAGUCCUAGGGCUCAGUAUAGGUUUAGGGUCGGUAGUGUUACUUCUUUGCUGCUAUGGCUCAUACCGAUUAGUAAGGAGAUGGAUACAGAUCAAGAAAAGAGCUAAAUUCUUUAAGAGAAAUGGUGGUUUGAUGUUAAAGCAGCAAAUGGCAUCUGAAGGUGCCGUUAUUCAGAGUACAAGAGUCUUCACAGCUCGUGAAUUGGAGAAGGCCACUGGAAAUUUUAGCAGUAACAGAAUUAUUGGCCAAGGAGGUCAAGGUACAGUCUAUAAAGGCAUGUUGCUUGAUGGAAGAGUGGUAGCCAUCAAGAAGCCUAAGAAGGUAGAUAAGAAUCACUCGAAUCAUUUCAUAAAUGAGGUAGUUAUUCUGUCCCAAAUCAACCACAGAAAUGUGGUCAAAUUACUAGGAUGUUGCUUAGAGACAGAAGUUCCUUUACUUGUGUAUGAGUUUGUACCAAAUGGAACGCUUGCAGAGCAUAUUCACAAUCCUAACGAAGAUUUCCAAAUUACUUGGAGGAUGCGCUUGCAAAUUGCUGCUGAAACUGCAGGGGCUCUUGCAUAUCUGCACUCAUCGUCUUCUACACCUAUCUAUCAUAGAGAUAUCAAGUCCUCUAAUAUACUUUUGGAUGACAAAUAUAGAGCAAAACUAUCGGAUUUUGGGACUUCAAGGACCAUGAUGAUUGAUCAAACACACUUCACAACUCGUAUACAAGGCACGUUUGGAUAUCUAGAUCCCGAGUACUUCCAAUCAAACCAAUUCACUGAAAAAAGUGAUGUUUAUAGUUUCGGAGUAGUUCUCGUUGAACUAAUAACUGGUAUAAAGCCAGUCUUAAAGACUGAAUUGGGAGAAUGGGUAGGUCUGGCAAAGGAGUUCCUAUUCUAUCUAGAAACCGGUCAUUUACAUGAUAUUCUAAAUGCUCAAGUUGUAGAGGAAGCCAAGGAAGAAGAACUAAUUGUCAUUGCAGAUCUGGCAAAGAGAUGCUUAAAUUUGAAUGGUAAGCAAAGGCCUACAAUGAAAGAAGUUGCAAAUGCAUUAGAAGGAAUCAGAUUAUCCAAUAUCCCCACUGUAGUUGAUGAGCAAAAAGCUUUUAAGGGAGGCGAUCAUUUGAUUUUGGAAAUCGAAAAGAUGAAUGAUGGCUAUGUGAGUUCAACCACAUUCUUUUCAGCAAACAACAUGAUUAGCACUUCAGGCUCCUUUGAUAACCGACCACUCGUGCACAACUCGAUUUAAUUUGCAGGUACUGAUAGAUUACUACAUCUCAUUGUAUUGUGAAUACAAUUUCAUGUCUAGAGAUAGUUUUAGAGCUCCACUGUAUAAUUUCAUUAUUCUAUCAAGUAGAUCAAAAGAUAAAGAUGCUAAGAGUCAUAUUAGAUACUUCUAGUUUUUAUUAGUUGCAAUGCUCUUAUCUUUUACACCAUUUUUGAUUCAUUAAAGUGGAAACACUUGGACAACUCUUGAGUACUAGUGACUACUAAUUGGUUUUCUGAA